GCAUCAGUAAGUUUGAAUUCCAUAAGAAUAAAAGAGGUUCUGAAAAUGAUAAAGAAAAUUAUUCUGAUAUUUAUGGUAGUAUCAGCAGCGCUGAGUAUUCCAUUUGAGAGUCCCUCAACAAAUCUAGAAGCAAGAUCAGCAGAAGAUUCCUUACCAGAUGAAGAACCAACAGAUCUGGAAUCUCCUAAUUCGGAUCUAGAACAAUCCGCUUCUGCUUGGGGAGGUUACGGUAGAGGAUGGGGCGGGUACGGAAGAGGAUGGGGCGGAUACGGAAGAGGUUGGGGCGGAUACGGCGGUGGGGGUAGAGGUUGGAAUGGAUAUGGGAGCUGGGGACAUGGAUAUGGUUAUGGAGGAGGAUGGAGACGUGGAUAUUGGUAGUGAAAGGUACAUAGAGGAAUAAAAUGUGCAAAUGAAAUGAUGAUUAUAA